UCUUGAAGUCCGCACAUCAUGAUCGUUUCCGUGUGUCUAGCCUACGUUAGGUGUUGGAAUCUGCUCUGCAAAGGCAAACACAUGUGAAAUUAUUGACCAGACGCAAUGUAGCAGCAAGCCUACCACCAAACUCGACACGUCGACAUUUACACGGGUUGUGUGAAUUUAUGGAAACAUGUCAAAGAAACGAGGCAGGAAGCGUAGCAGUGGAGAGCUGAGUGAGAGCUCAGCGUCGACCCUGACCGCAGACCCAGACAACCUGUUGGGCCGCAGGAUUCAGCAUACCUGGAGGGAGAAGGGGAAUGUGACCAAGUGGAAAGGCACUGUCCUGGAGCGGCUCACAGUGAACAGCUCCCUCUACAUGGUCAAAUAUGACGGCUUUGAUUGUGUGUACGGCAUCGAGCUCUUUAAAGACAGUAGGGUGUCAAACCUGCAGGUGCUAGCAGAGAAAGUUGUGAAUAAUAAGAUCAAGGUGCCUCCUGGGGCGGAGGAGCUGGUGGGCCGGGCGGUGGAGCAUCUGUUUGAGAAGGAGGACGGGGAGAAAAACGAGUGGCGGGGCAUGGUGCUGUCCCGAGCCCCCAUCAUGACCCACUGGUAUUACAUCACCUACGAGAAGGACCCGGUGCUGUACAUGUACCAGCUGUGGGAUGACUACAAGGACGGAGAUCUACGUGUCCUGCCUGAAUCAGAAAACAAACACCUACUCCCGGCUGACAGGAAGCCAGGUGAGGAGCCAGAGAGCCUUGUGGGUAAACAGGUGGAAUACGUCACAGAUAAUGGCAUCAAGAGGACGGGCUUGGUUAUUUACCAGGUCCCAGCUAAGCCCACUGUAUACUACAUCAAAUAUGACGAUGACAUCCACAUCCACGUCUAUGAUCUGGUGAAGACCACCUAGUACUGACUGACAACUUUCAUCCUCUGUCGAUGGCUCAUCUCCGACCAGACCAGUCGUUACCUGUGAAAGUGUUACAGAGUCAGUUUUCUCUAGUUGGAGGUGAUGUGCCGAAGUUCAAAACCGCCGUCUUCUCUUGUUUUAAUUUUUUAAACUCACAUUGCAAGACAUGUUGGUUUUUGAUUCUCAGUUUUAAGUUGACCUUGAUGUUCCACUAAGAGGUCCUCUUCAUUGUAAAUAACGCAGGUCUGACAGUGGUUGUAUAGCCCAGCAGAUGAAAUGGAGCUACAAGUUUUGUGAAAUCAUACUUGUAUAGUGAAACUUUCAGACUCCAAGUUCAUACUUUUGCUAAAAAAAAAACCCACAGCAAACUUAAAAAAUUCAUCUUUCUUACCAAUACCCCUGUGUUUUACUCGUUUCUUUUUUUAUAUGCCUGUGCUAUUUAUUUCACCUGAAAUAUCUCGCUGUUCUGAUGGUAACAUUUUGGCAAACGUCGUCUGCUGUGCUUUAUGUGUGUCACUGGGUAGGCCUUUCAGUUCUUUGAAUAUAGUUGUGAUAUUCAUUUAACCAGUGCGCUAAUUUUACCAUCACAGGGAAGUCUGAUUUCAGUUGAAGUGUAUAGACAUUGAUGAGCAGUAACUGUCUCACUUCUCUCAUAUAAAACAGAUUUAUUCUUUCAGAAAACAUGUAUCAUAUUUCCGUUUUGUUUCCACAUGUAAACUGCAAGUUUUCUACAUUAAUAUAAUAUAUGAAAAAAUGAUGAUGAUGGUGUUGUUGUCAAGUUGUUUCAAGGUGUUUGUGCUACACAUUGUUUAUGUAGUUCAAAUUUGCCUCCAACAUUGUUUAGUAUUUUGGACUACGGUCUUUAUUUGCCAAAAAUGAUAUGAUGUGAUAUGAUAUCUUCAGGCCUGUCCUUUGUGACUCUUAAUAUGUUCUGUUCUGUAAAUACAAUCUGAGACAUUUUUAUGAACAUAAAACAAAGCUGCUUGAAAAUAA